UGUUAGUGAGAAUGGCUCAGGGAGGAGUACUGCUGGACCAAGAGAAAUUCUCCUGCUCCAUUUGUUUGGACCUACUGAAGGAUCCGGUGACUAUUCCCUGUGGACACAGCUACUGUAUGAACUGUAUUACAGACCACUGGGAUGGAGAGGAUCAGAAGAGAAUCUACAAAUGCCCUCAGUGUAGAAAGGAAUUUUUACCGAGGCCUGUCCUGGAGAAAAACGUCAUGUUAGCUGCUUUAGUGGAGGAUCUGAAGAAGACUGGACUCCAAGCUGCUCCAGCUGACCUUUGCUAUGCUGGAUCUGAAGAUGUGGCCUGUGAUGUCUGCACUGGAAGGAAGGUGAAAGCUGUUAAAUCCUGUUUAAUCUGUUUGGCCUCUUUUUGUGAAAACCACCUGCAACCUCACUAUGAAUCCUUUACUUUCAAAAAACAUAAAAUUGUGAAAGCUUCUGCUAAACUCCAGCAGAACAUCUGCACUCAUCAUGAUGAGGUGAUGAAGAUCUUCUGUCAUACUGAUCAGCAGUGUAUCUGUUAUCUCUGCACUAUGGAUGAACAUAAAGGCCAUGAAACAGUCCCAGCUGCAGCAGAAAGGACUGAGAAGCAGAAGGAGCUCCAGGUGAGUCGACAACAAAUCCAGCAGAGAAUCCAGGACCAAGAGAAAGAUGUGAAGCUGCUUCAACAGGAGGUGGAGGCCAUCAAUGUCUCUGCUAAUAAAGCAGUGGAGGACAGUGAGAAGAUCUUCACUGAGAUGAUCUGUCUCAUUCAGAAAAGAAGGUCUGAUGUGAAGCAGCAGAUCAGAUCCCAGCAGGAAACUGAAGUGAGUCGAGUCAAAGAGCUUCAGGAGAAGCUGGAGCAGGAGAUCACUGAGCUGAAGAGGAAAGACGCUGAGCUGGAGCAGCUCUCAGACACAGAGGAUCACAGCCAGUUUCUCCUCAACUACCCUUCACCGUCAGCACUCAGUGAGUCUACAUACUCAUCCAGCAUCAAUAUUCGUCCUCUGAGAUACUUUGAGGAUGUGACAGCAGCUGUGUCAGAGCUCAGAGAGAAACUAGAGGACAUCCUGAGAGAUGCAGGAACAAACAUCUCACUGAAAGUCACCGAUGUGGAUGUUUUACUGCCACAACCAGAACCUGAGACCAGAGCUGAAAUCCUAAAAUAUUCGCAAGAAAUCACCCUGGAUCCAAACACAGCACACAAAUAUUUGUUAAUAUCUGAGGGGGGCAGAAAAGUAACAUUAAUGAAAGAAGAAAAGGCCUGUCCUGAUCAUCCAGACAGAUUCACUGACUGGCUUCAGGUCCUGAGUAGGGAGAGUCUGUCUGGACGUUGUUACUGGGAGGUGGAGUGGAGAGGAGGAGGAAGAGUUGAUCUAGCGGUUUCAUACAAGAACAUCAGCAGAGCAGGAGGGUCAGAUGCGUGUUUAUUUGGAGCUAAUGACAAAUCUUGGUCAUUAUUCUGUUACAGAGACCGUUUUACAUUGUAUCAAAAUGACAUUCAAACUCCAGUAUCAGGUCCAGUUUCCUCCAGAAUAGGAGUGUACCUGGAUCACAGAGCAGGUAUUCUGUCUUUCUACAGCGUCUCUGAAACCAUGACUCUCCUCCACAGAGUCCAGACCACAUUCACUCAGCCUCUAUAUGCUGGAGUUGGACUUUAUAAUGGAGACUCUGCUGAGUUUGUUAAACUGAAAUAGCCAGAAUUUAUCUGAGGUUGAGUCGGUUAAAAUGUGCAUUUUAGUUUCUUUAGUUUACUUUGUAAUCUUUUGUGUUGUUUUGUUGAUGUUGGGGUUUGAUGUUGGGGUUUGUUUGGGUAAUGACCCCAACUGUUUCUGUUCAGCCAAGGAUGGUAUCGCUGCUCAGGAGGGUUUUUAUUCACCUUAACUAAUUAUAUUUACAUGUAUUGCUU